CGAGUAUGUGUAACAUUUUCUGCCAAACAGCGUCCUUAUUUUUAACGUUGUGUUGAAUCUGUCCGAUAUAACCAAUCGGAGCUGCAUUCCUUUUAAGCAUCUUUUUUUAUUUCUACAAUUAGUAUAAUCCAAGGCCAGCCAAUGGACUUUGACCCCGGUAUCAGUUAAAAGGAGACAUAUCUAACAUAAUAUGCAUUUAAUUUACAAUGAUAGUCAUGCAGUGUAAAAAUUUACAACGCCUUAAUAAGAAUUAUAAAUAUUGCUGCAAUAAACUUUCUAUUCAACUUUUGUCAGAUUUUCCAAAAACUUUUAAUGCUAAAGAAGCUGAACAUGAAUGGUUUCAGAUUUGGAAAAACAAUGAUUAUUUCACUAUUAAAGAUAAUGAAAAAGAAGCAUUGAAAAUGCUCUUACCUCCUCCUAAUGUAACUGGAACAUUGCAUUUAGGACAUGCGUUGACUGUAGUAAUUCAAGAUAUAUUAGCAAGAUGGUAUAGAAUGAAGGGACAUCCUGUGAUAUGGAUUCCAGCAUUUGAUCAUGCUGGAAUUGCGACACAAAUGAUGGUAGAAAAACAUCUUUUUAAAACAAAAGGUAUUAACAAGUCAACUAUGGGAAAAGAUCAGUUUUUAUCAUUUGUAUGGCAAUGGAAAGAUGAAAAACAAAAUAUUAUGAAAUCUCAGUUAGAAACUUUGGGUGCCAGUUUAGAUUGGUCAAGGGAAUACUUUACAAUGAGUAAGAAUCAUAAUAUCGCUGUGAUAGAGGCACUUGUCAUGUUAAACAAACGAAACUUAUUAUAUAGGAAGAAAGAUUUAAUAAAUUGGUCUCCUACUUUAUGUAGUACAAUAUCAGAUAUUGAGGUAGAACGUGUAUACCUUACCAAAAAGACACAGUUCCAAGUUCCAGGAUAUAAGAGAAUGGUUACAUUUGGUGAAAUAGCACAUAUAGCUUAUCCAGUGAAAGAUUCAAAACAUGAAAUAAUAGUAGCAACUACCAGACCAGAAACUGUUUUUGGAGAUGUAGCAAUUGCUGUUCAUCCAGAUGACGAAAGGUAUGCAAAAUAUAUUGGGCAACAAGUUUGGCAUGCCUUGAAAGAAACAUAUAUUCCUGUUAUUUCUGAUCCUUUAGUUGAUAGAGAAUAUGGUACAGGUGCCAUAAAAGUUACACCAGCACAUGAUCCUUUAGAUUAUCAAAUUGCAAUGAAUCAUCAAUUAGAAAUCAUUGAAGUUAUUGAUGAACAUGGAAAUAUAACUGAAACAGGCAAACUAUUUAAAGGUUUGCCAAGAUUUAUUGCUCGAGAAAAAGUUUUAAACGAAUUGUCAAAUAAAGGUCUCUUAAAAAGUAUCAGCGACCAUAACAUGUAUGUGCCAUUGUGUUCACGAUCCCACGAUGUUGUGGAAUAUUUACUUAAAGAACAAUGGUUUAUUAAAUGUAAAGACAUGGCUCGAAAAGCAAUACAAGCUGUGAAACAAGGUCAUUUAAAAAUAGUACCUAAUAGUUAUGAAGAUUCGUGGUAUAACUAUCUUAAUAAUAUCAGAGAUUGGUGUAUUUCGAGACAAAUAUGGUGGGGUCAUUCUAUUCCUGCAUAUUACAUUACAGUAGAAGGUAAAACUGAAUGGAUAAUUAGUCGAACUGAAGAUGAUGCAAAAACUUUUGUACAAAAUAAAUAUGGACAAGACAUAAAAUUAUAUAAAGAUCAAGAUGUAUUAGAUACUUGGUUUUCUUCUGCAAUACUUCCGUUCGCAGUAAUGGGAUGGCCAAAGAAGAGCGAAGAUUUUGAAAAAUAUUACCCUUUAACAUUAAUGGAAACAGGAAGUGAUAUUCUUUUCUUUUGGGUUGCAAGAAUGGUAAUGCUAGGAUUGGAAUUGACUAAUUGCAUACCCUUUAAUGAAGUUUUAUUACAUGGUCUUUUAUGUGAUACUUAUGGAAAGAAAAUGUCUAAAACAACUGGAAAUAUUGUUUCUCCAGAAAAUAUUAUCAAUGGUAUCACUUUAAAUAACCUUGUUGCACAAAUGAAAGAAAGUUAUAAUGCAGGUUUAGUUAGCGAAUCUGCUCUAAAACGAAUGUUAAGCGCAAAUAAAAAGCAGUUUCCUAAUGGUAUACCAGAACAUGGUACAGACGCUUUACGUAUGACAUUAUGCAGUCACAAUAUCAAAAAGCAACAUAUUAAAUUUGAUAUUAUGGAGUUCCAAACAAGCAAAUAUUUUUUAAAUAAAAUUUGGCAGGCAAGCAAAUAUAUCCUGCUUAUGACAGGUGAACAAGUGUAUCAAAAACCUACAAAUAUGGCAAUUAUUGAUCAGUGGAUUUUAAGCAGAUUAUCUCUAAUGAUAAAUGAAGUCAAUGAUUCAUUCUCACAACGAGAUUUUCAUCAAGUUGUUGCAUCAAUGAAACAAUUUCUAUAUUAUGAAUUUUGUGAUUAUUAUUUGGAAACUACCAAAUGGGGAUAUAAGGAUAAAGACACGGAUAUACAUAUAAGUCAUACAUAUAGCUUAAGAAAAUGUUUAGAAGCAUUUUUACGUAUAUCUGCACCUAUAAUUCCAUAUCUGUCUGACGAUUUAUAUAAAAGAUUAUCAAAUAAAUUUCCAGAAUUUGUAUCAAUUCCAUCAUUAAUGGAAGGACAAUAUCCAAUGCCAGAACAGUUCAAUGAAUGGAGAGAUGUUUCUUUAGAUGAAAGAAUAAAUGAAGUCAUAAAUAUUAUAUUAAAAAUCAGAGGUAUUAUGGGUAAUGCCAGUAAAAAAUUAAAUCCAGAAGUUCAUAUUGUAACAAGUAAAUUAGAAGAUUUUACUUUUUAUAAUAAUGUCAUAAAUUUAAUUAAAGGUGGAAGCAAAAUUUUCAAUAUUUUGAUAUUCUCAAAGAAUAAUUAUACAGAAAAUAAAAAUAGUAUUUCUUAUUCUUAUAGUCCUCAUUGCACGUUAUUUAUUGUCAUCGAGAAUUCUUCUAUUUUGCAACAACUUGAGAAGAACAUCUUGGAAGAAGACAGUUGUACAAAAAAAUUAAAAUCGAUCACUUUAAAAUAAAUUAGAAGAAUAUUUUAAAAUAAAAUUGAAGUCAAAUUAAAUAUAAAAAAUAAUUUAAUUAUAUUUAAAGCAUUUUACAUUACAUUUACAAAGUAUUGUACAAUACAAUGAAAUCAUUAACUUUCAUCAAUAUCCAUUUGUUUGUUUGAAGAAUCAUCCUCAUUUUCAUUACUAUCAUCUGUAUCCUCACUGUCUGAACUAGAAUCACUAGAAUCAUACCAAUUUUGUGAAGAUAAAUCAUCCUUUAAUAUUGUAUUCCAUUCUUCUAGUUUACGACAAUCUAUAACAAUAAAUUAAAUAUAAAUA